GAGCCUGCCGUGAAAAAACGUGACACGUACAUGCGAAGUGCUAUUACCGUCAAGGAAAGAUUAGCUCUUACUCUGAGAUUCCUAGCAACUGGAGAUUCAUUUACAAGUUUGCAAUACCUCUUUCGCAUAUCCAAACAACGAAUAUCUGUGAUUGUUCCAGAAGUAUGUGAUGCACUUAUUGAAGCCCUAAGGGACUACAUAAAGCUACCCUCUUCUAAUGAGGAAUGGUUAGCUGUGGCAAAGGAAUUCGAAGAGAAGUGGAACUUCCCUCAUGUAAUAGGUGCAAUGGACGGGAAACAUGUCCAGCUUCAAGCACCAUGGAACAGUGGCACUGAGUAUUAUAAUUACAAAGGUUUUUUUAGUAUUGUGCUCUUUGCAUUAGUUGACGCAACUACAAUUUUUUGUAUGUUAAUGUUGGCUGCCCUGGUAGAUUUUCAGAUGGAGGCAUUUUCAAAAAUACGACAUUGUACAACAAAAGGAACUGAACAUACCAAACCCAAAAGCAUUACAAAUUCCUUACAGUAUUAAGGUACCUUAUAUUAUAUUAGGUGAUCAAGCAUUUGAGUUAAAUGGAUAUACUAUGACACCAUUUAAAGGUACUCCACAAGUUGGUUCUAUUGAAAGAAUUUUUAACUACCGCCUAUCCCGAGCACGUAGGGUCGUAGAGAAUGCUUUUGGAGUAGCUAGUUCUGUAUUUCGGGUAUUGAGAACACCAAUACUACUACAACCUGAGAGGGCUAAGAAAGUAGUUUUAGCAGUUGUAUAUUUACACAAUUUUUUGCGAAAACGAUCUACUGUAAAUCAUAUCUACACACCGGCUGGAUUCUUAGACAGAGAGGAAAAUGGACAAUUUAUUCCAGGUACAUGGAGAAACAACGAUGAAUUCCGUGGCAUGAUCCCAAUUGGACAGACACCUCGAAGAGCAAAUAUGACAUCAAAAAACAUCCGAAUCCAUCUGGCUGAGCACUUUGCCACUAAUGGCUCAAUUCCAUGGCAAAAUGACUACUGAUGUUUCCCGGGUACAUGUAGAAACGACAAUGA